ACCACGAUGGCGAGCCUCGUCGCGAGAGGCGCGUUCAUCCUCUUCGAAGGCGUCGAUCGGUGCGGAAAGACGACGCAGUCCACGAAGCUCGUCGAGGCGCUGAAAUCGAGCGGCGUGAACGCGGAGCUGUGGCGGUACCCCGACAGGACGACGUCGAUGGGACAGAUGAUCAACAGCUACCUGCAGUCGAAAACGGAGAUGGACGACGGCGCGAUCCACCUCCUGUUCGCCGCGAACCGCUGGGAGAAGCGCGCGGCGAUGGAGGCGAAGCUCGCGGAGGGCGUCACCCUCGUCGUAGACAGGUACUCGUACAGCGGCGUCGCGUUCACCGCCGCGAAAGGGAUCCCGGGGCUGGACUUGGAGUGGUGCAAAUCCCCCGAGGUCGGCCUCCUUCGCCCGGACGCGGUGCUGUACCUCAACAUGCCCGUCGAAGCCGCGGCGGCGCGCGGAGGGUUCGGCGAGGAGCGCUACGAGACGUCCGACCUGCAGAAGGCGGUCAGGGCGAACUUCGACAAGCUAAGAGAGGACUGGUGGACGAUCGUGGACGCGACCGGGACCGUGGACGAGGUCCACGCCGCGUGUCGCGCCGUCGCCGACGACGCGGUGGCCAAGUGCGUUGCGGGGGCGCCGUACGCGCGGCUAUGGGAUUAGAUUAGCGCUCAGCGGCGCAGACUGAUAUCCUCGGCGCUUCGUCACGACAUACAGUAGGGC